GAAGCUUUGAUCAUCGAUUCAAUGACUGAAAAUUAUGCGAGGAUUCUCACAACAAUCAAAGUUCAACGUUCAUUCAUUGUGACCUGCAGUCUCGUCGGAUGACCAUUUUCCAGUGCUUCUCACUUGCACUAGCAUGGCCAUCCGCACAAGGGGAAUUUUCCGCGCUGAUAAUUAAAGGCGGGCCCAACUCAAGUGUCCACACCUUGUCACUUGGAGUCACCAUUCUAUUGCAUGAGCACUGCAGAACUCACCAUCAAAAUUUGACUCUGAAAAAGCAGCGAAAGCAUUUUUUCCGUCCACCUACCAUGCGUGUAUGUAUAUUUGCAAUGCUCACCCUGGCAACCGUCAUCGGGGAAGAGACGAAAUUUUUUUCUCGAGUUCAAUUUGUUCUCUGGAUUUCCACUUUGGGGGAGGUGCCAUCUGCUCUGGGCCUCUGGCAGUUGCCGACCUCAGGCUUGAUCAUAGGGUCGCAGGGUAUUGCGUGUCAACUGUACCUAGACAUGGGUCUGCGUGAAUGUAUUCCCUGGAUGUAAUUCCCAACACACCGACCGGUACCGGGGCUGACUUGACAGAAAAUUAUUACGUACAAACGUUACC